AUGCCUUUUCCCGACAUUAUUGACCAUUCUCCUCGCGAGGUCAAAUUCUCACCACCAAUCCCAACGGCAAACAACCUGAUCCUCAUCGACAACUAUGACUCUUUCACCUGGAACAUCUAUCAAUAUCUAACGUUGGAGGGUGCUACUGUCCACGUUAUUCGAAACGACAAGGUCACCCUAGAAGAGCUCAUUGAAAAGAAGCCCAGCCAGCUUAUCAUCAGUCCCGGUCCGGGUCAUCCCACCACGGAUUCGGGUAUCAGCCGAGAUGCUAUUCGUCACUUUGCAGGCAAGAUUCCCAUCUUUGGUGUCUGCAUGGGCCUCCAAUGUAUCUUUGACGUCUAUGGUGGCGAGGUAAACUCAGCUGGAGAAUGGUUGCAUGGCAAGACUUCGCCCUUGAGUCACGACGCCAAGGGUGUCUUCAAGGGUCUAGAGCAGGAGAUUCCCAUCACAAGAUACCACUCGCUCGCCGGAUCUCCCGUAACCCUUCCCGAAUGUCUCGAGGUCACUUCCUGGGUCGCCAAACCUGAUGGCAGCCGCGGCAUUAUCCAGGGCGUCCGCCACAAGGAGUACACGAUGGAAGCCGUGCAGUUCCACCCUGAAAGCAUCCUGACUGAAAAUGGACGCACCAUGAUUCGAAACUUUUUACAGAUGCAGGGAGGUACUUGGGAGGACAACAACCGUCUACAGGCCGCGUCGGAAACCGCGAACGAGGCUUCGCCGGCCCCUUCCAAGAGCAACAACAUUUUGCAAAAAAUCUACGCCAGCCGCCGUGCGGCCGUAGAGGCUCAGCGAGUGAUUCCGUCUCAGAGAAUGGAGGACCUCCAAGCCGCGUAUGACCUCGGCGCCGCUCCACCCGCAGUGCCCUUCGUCAAACGCCUCAGUCAAACUCCAUUUGAUGUUUCCCUCAUGGCUGAAAUCAAGCGCGGCUCCCCGUCCAAGGGCAUUUUCAACAUUGACGUUCGCGCCCCUGUCCAAGCUAGAAAAUACGCGCUGGCUGGUGCUAGUGUCAUCUCUGUCCUGACGGAGCCUGAGUGGUUCAAGGGAAGCAUUGAGGAUCUCCGAGCAGUCCGCCAAGUCCUAGAGGGCAUGCCCAACAGACCAGCAAUUCUCCGCAAGGAGUUCAUCUUUGAUGAGUAUCAGAUUCUCGAAGCCCGUCUGGCGGGUGCGGACACUGUUCUUCUCAUAGUCAAGAUGCUGGAUGUCCAAACUCUCGAGCGUCUAUACAAAUAUUCUCAGUCUCUUGGCAUGGAGCCUUUGGUUGAAGUUCAAAACGCGGACGAAAUGACAAUCGCCGUCAACCUGGGCUCCAAGGUAAUCGGGGUCAACAACCGAAAUCUGGAGACAUUUGACGUCGAUCUCGACACUACUGGUCGUCUUCGCAGCAUGGUUCGUGAUACCACCAUCAUUUGCGCCCUGAGUGGGAUCAACACGUACGAAGAUGUCAUCAUGUGCAAAAAUGACGGUGUAAAUGCCGUUCUCGUUGGUGAAGCCAUCAUGAGAGCCCCGGACGCCAGUGUUUUCAUCAGCGAGCUGUGCUCUGGCAAGGCCCCAGCCACCAAGAAGGAGCGGCCCCAGCCCCUCCUCGUCAAGAUCUGCGGUACGCGAAGCGCUGCGGCCGCCAAAAAGGCAGUCGAGUCGCACGCUGACUUUGUUGGCAUGUGUCUCGUACCCGGUGCGAAGCGUUGCAUUGACAGUGACACUGCCCUCGCCAUCUCGGAAGCAGUGCAUUCAUUUACUGGCACAACCAGUUCCAAGCCUGAGCCUUCGGUACCUGUCGCAGGCGCCGCCGACUACUUCCAGGGCGCUUACAGCCGACUACAAAGCUCACGGCCCCGUCUUGUAGGCAUCUUCCAGAACCAGCCGCUCAGCGAGGUCUUGGAGAAGCAGAAGCUGUACAACUUGGAUCUUGUCCAGCUCCACGGCGAUGAGCCCAUCGAGUGGGCCAACCUUAUCCCCGUCCCUGUAAUCCGCGCCUUCAAGCCUGGCCACGUCGGCCUGGGUCUCCGCGGCUUCCACACGGUUCCUCUUCUCGAUUCCGGUGCUGGUUCUGGCAAGCUGCUGGACGUAUCAAAGGUCAAGGCCAUUCUGGAGAAGGACUCCAAUCUGAGAGUUUUUCUGGCCGGUGGGCUGAACCCGGACAAUGUCGCAGAAGCAGUGAAGGCCCUGGGUGACCUGGCGGACAGAGUUAUCGGUGUGGAUGUCAGCAGCGGUGUGGAAGAGGAUGGGAAACAGAGUCUUGAGAAGAUUGAGGCGUUUGUCAAAAACUCCAAGAGCAUUCGAUAG